AUAGCUUGUUAUGGCGGAAGGAAGUAACGUUAGUUUGAUGCGCGAAGAAAAGCUACUUGAAAACGUGCCUGCUUAUGAAUUCAUUAACGUAAACUCAAACGAGUUUCAUAUUGGCACGUUUAGAGCUUUAUGGCUGGAUGUGUUAAAUCCGGAGGUGUAUUCAUACUGUAACUCAGCCCCAGAGAUUGAGGAUGUGGAGUUCAUUGAAGAGAUGGGCAUCGAGCCCAAGACAUUGGAUGAACUCAAAAUCAUCUGCAGUGUUGAUUCCCUGCGAAGUGGACAUGAAGACGCAGACAAUGUGCCAUCAGAUCCUCAUCUAUCCACACUGAAAUUACGCAAGAGAAGACAAGAUUAUAAAGAAACACUGACCAGAGACACUGUUGACCGACAUGAAGUCUAUGCCAAUGAAAUGGAGAUGAUAUCUGUGGGUAAGAAGCCUGAUAACCCCAGAGACCUGAUUCCUGAAGGAGAAAUCAUAUUGACCUUUAAUAUUAUGUAUCCCAUUCUGUUUCAGCGGUUUAAGUAUGUGAGGGCAUAUCAGACUCUGCAUGUGUUGGGCUCUCAGAGGCUGAGUGAUCUUAGAGAUGCGAUUUGCUGCGUCAGUGACCUGCAGGUGUUUGGAGAGUUCAGCAACACUCCAGACAUGGUACCACAGUUCAUCAGCAAGGAUCAUUACAAGUCUGCUUUCUUUUUCUUCAAUGGAACAUUCUUCAAUGACACACGUUUCCCAGAAUGUCAAGACAUCAGCAUGUAAGAACUGUGUAGGUUAAUACUAUAUUAAAUACUGUUUAAUCCUACUAUAUUAAUAUAUAAGGUAGCAUUUAGAGAUUUUUAUUCUGAUAUUGCACUAAAUCCAAGAGUUUUACAAGACAAGUUACUAAAGACUGUAGAGAAAAGCUCCAGAUAUGAAAGACAGAAACUAGGGAUGUCCCUAAUAUCGGCUAUUUGCCGAUACCGAUAUCAAUCCGAUAUUUUUAUU